AUGGCAGUCGCGGCAGACAAGAACAAAACCAAGAGAACCAAUGGUGCGCAAGAAGAUGAAGGCUCUGUGAAGAGGAAUAAUCCUGUUGCAGGAGUACUCCAUAAAGCGAAUGGCAACGGUCCUGCGGAGCUUCCAGCAAAGUCGAAAGCCCAACAAGAUAUCAAAGGUCUCAGUAUCGUUGAUGGAGAUGUGGACGUAUUAGAAAAGAAGACUUCAGGUUCAGCCGACAACAAGACGGGGCAAGCCAAGGCGACUGGUAUUCAUCCGUAUUCGAAGGCUGCUGCGUCUUCAACUUCGUCUGGUGUUGGUUACGAUCAAGUGUCUAGUGCUGCAAAAAACAAGAAAAUGGAAAUGAGUCAUACUCUUACAACGAUGAGUGCUUCUUCAACAUGUUCACGACAUACAUCCUCUACUUCUACAGCCUCAACUUCUACAGCCUCAACAGCCUCUCUCUUGUCCACAGCCUCAACCUCUACAGCAUCAGCCUCAGCCUCAGCCUCUACUUCCACUGCGUGUCAGAGUGCUGCUACAAUGGAGAUGAAAAAAUCGUCUGAACAGAAGAGAUGCAAGGCUUCGAGAAAAAAGGCCUACAGGGAGCUGCAGAAGACGCUGGAGGACCCGUCGAAAACUACCAGAAAGGCCGCCGACAAAAAGAGCAAGAAAGCUGCCACUUCUAGCACGAGGAGGACAACAGCGUCUACCUCUACGACAACAACGUCUGCUACGUCUACCACUGCUAAUACUAAAACUUUUUGUCCCACCAGGACGAGUUCACGUGCCUCGAGUUCAAGAUCAAGGUUUUCUGCCGCCAAGAGGACGGCUAAGAAGGGAACUCCCAUCAAGGUGCCAAAAGCGAAGGGAGCUCCGGUGAAGAGGACUCCCGUGAAGAAGAGCAGCGACAAAAGGGGAAAGCCGGUGAAGAGGACUCCCGUGAAGAAGAGCAGCGACAAAAGGGGAAAGUCGGUGAAGAGGUCCUCCACUACUAAGGUGGACGCAAAGAAAUCCUCUGCGUUCACUGCCAAGGCGAUGAAGAAGAAGAAGUAAACGGAGCUACUCUACUUUAUAGAAUGGGCUGAGCGAUAAAGUCAGACUGUUGAAUUUGUGACGAAGGCGAUGUUUAUUACUAGCGCUUCGCUCAUUCUCGCACAUCCAUGUAAAAAUCUUCGUUUCUUGCUUCUUAUUCCUUAAUGCGGUUCUUUCUGGCUAUGAUUUUCCUAGUAAUUUACGCUUACUUUAUUGCUUGCAGCGGCGUUUGUGGUUUAGUGGAGUAGUCAUUCUCAAACCAUACAUUUAUUACCCGUUUCUGAAAUCCCAUGCGUUUCCUGUUACACUACUGGAACUGUUUUGUCCCGCCAUUAGGCUAGUAGUACAAAAUGGGAUACUUACCAUGGCGAUGAUGCUGAAGCACAACAAGGAGCUAGGCGCGCAAGUAUUAUAUGACUCUCAAUUACAACUUAUUUCAUCCAUUCUAUUUCCUUCCUCAGGUUGGUAUCGAUUCGCCAAAGAGUGGUUCAUCUUUUUUCGAGAAAAUUCGCAACAGCUAUUGAUGCCUAGCUUUCAGAAACCUGUACCAUCCUUCUCUCCUCCCCUCUUACCUCCUUGUUCUAAG